AUGCUUCGAUCCCAUCGCAUAAACAUCUACUGCAUCGCGCCCACUCACUCAAAUUGGCGAUUCGUUUCAUAUGCGGUCUAUGACGUCAACACCCACGAGUUCGAGCUCCAAGGUAAAUCACAGCUGAGCCGAAAAGAACAACGCGUUUCCCUGAGGUUAAUACCGAGUCAGUCAACACAUGAUGUGACUACAGAUGAUUCUUCAAAAGGAGAAGAGGGAUAUUACAAUAUUUUGAAAGAGAAUUGGGCCGCGGUCAGUCUCAAGCGUAAAUCUGGAGGACCACAAACGUAUGCGAAGCCUAGACCUGUUUUUCCACCAUGUCUUACUGGUAGAGAGAAUGCUUUUGUGGAAAAUGUUGUCGAAGACGAAGGUGCUCCCACAGAUAUCCAGAUGGAAUUAGAAGUUUCACAAGGUAACGUGUACGAAAGACGCGAGUUUCAUGUUGAAAAUCCUCUACGAGGAGUUUAGCCUCUUCCAUUGCCUAGUUCACUUCAUGAAUGUGUUGAAAAGGAAUCUUGCAAAUUGACAGGGCAGCCCUUCUAAUUUUGUCGAAGAUGCAUCGCCCAGACUCUAACGAAGCGGUCUACUACAUCCGAUAUCGUACUACGCGCUAAAGUCACUUACGGCAGUUUGAAUCGCAUGGUAGGAUCGGACAUCCACUCGCUAUGGUAUAUUGCUAAUCGCAUGACAGUACGGCUGCACAUUUUGGGAUGUCAUAUAUUCCGGUUUUUUUUUGCUCAGUCAGGUCAUUCUUACCGGUAUCUAAAAGUGCUUUCUCAUUAUCAGCAUGGCUGCUGUGCUUUAGUGUUUUCAAAAGGGUGCUUAGCGUAAAAGGUAUUGAUGAUAUUAUAGUUGUUGCCUGUUGUGUUCUGCUUUUGAUUCUGUAUUAUGUCGUU